UUUCCUCCAAUAAGAGAGGGGAAGCGAGAGAAGAACACCCGCAGCUCUAUCGCUGGGUUUGGGUAAGCGUGCUGGUGUCAUUCGAGCACGCCUCUCCUGAGCCGAUCCCACUAUCCAAUGCUUGCGUGACCGAGACUCUCAUUCGCUUUUCCGGCCUCGUUUCAGCAUGGAAUCUCCUACGGUUCUUCUGCUCUUAUUCCCGUUCUGAUCUCAACCUCUGCGACGAAGAGAAGAGAGAGAGAGAGAGAGAGAGAGAGAGAGAAAAAGAAAAAGAGCACGGAAAACGGCGAAUUAACUAGAACAGGUCCAAUCGAAAGCUGGAGGCCUUUCAAGAUCGUAUUUUGAGAGUUGCGGGGGUCAAUAAUGGUGGUUUGCCAUGUGGGUGUUCGAUUUUGUAGCGUGGGGUUGAGGGUUUUGGGGGACGGAGCACGGACUUUGGUGCGGUGAAAGUAAAAGGGAGACCGCUUUUUUCCUGUUUUUGUUCAGAGAAUUGGGUCGCCGUUUGAGAAGGUUUUCUAAUUGUAUCUUCUUAUUCUGCUAGCAUUUUCUGAUUUUUUUUGGCCUUUUCUUCUUGGAGGAUACUUAAAACGCUGUCCCCUGUCUUCCGUCCUUCAGUGCAUGCUCUUUUCUCCUGGUUUUCUUUCGUUAUAAUCUCUUUUUUUUUGUGUUUAUAUUUCCUAGUUGGUGUUUCCUCACCAAAGUUGCAAUCUUUUUUUCGACCUUUCCUUUGUGAAGACUAAAAGAGAGAAAGGUUCUCUCCUUUGCUCCCAGUCUUUCUUCCAUUAUCCAGAAGAGAGUUUCCGUCAGAAAAAAAAAAGAAAUGCAGAAGAGAGUCAUGGAAGAGGAUUUUAGGAAAGGAGAAGGACGUCCUCAGCUGCUCCAUCUCAUUCCAAAUGAGAGAGAUUGGAUGGUCAAGGAAGUGGGUGGAGGAGGAAAAUGCUUUGGAGUCUCUAAAGAGAAAAAACUUGAGCUGAGACUUGGCCUCCCUGGAGGUGAGGACUGGUCAGCAGUUAACGACAAGAGAGAAGAGCACCCUGUCGAGCCUGCUCUAUCCCUUGGUCACUACUCCAAGGUUUCUAAGACCACAGGCUCUAAUCCUUCUUCUGUUGGAGCCAAAAGAGGAUUUCUGGACACAGUUGAGUCCAAAACAGAAGUUUUUCAGCAGCAGCAGCAGCACCAGCCUGGCUUUCUGCAGUUGCAGGCUAAAGGGAAGGAAUUAUCACAGAAGACAAAUGGGAGGGCAGAGCAGCAGAGCCUUGAGAAAAAGGCUUCUGGGUCUCCAGUAGCACACGGUUCUGCUGCUGCUCCGUGUGGUGAUGCAGCUGGAGCCAACAACAGCUCUCAGACAAGGACUGCCACAACUCCAGUUGUUGGGUGGCCUCCUAUUCGUUCUUUCAGAAGGAAUCUUGCAAGCACUUCCAAACCUUCCCUUGAAUCAUGGAACGGAGGAUCAGAAACAGCAGUUAAGUUCGAGAAUGGUAGGAAAGGCUUGUUUGUGAAAAUCAACAUGGACGGGAUACCCAUUGGAAGAAAAGUAGAUUUGAAGGCCUAUGAUAGCUAUGAGAAGCUUGCUUUGGCUGUAGAUGAACUCUUUCAGGGCCUUCUUGCAGCUCAAAGGGAUCCUCUUACUGCUGGAAUUCAGAAGAAUCCUGAAGAAAAGCAAGCAAUUACAGGUUUACUAGAUGGAAGCGGUGAAUAUACUUUAGUUUAUGAAGAUGAUGAAGGUGACACGAUGCUGGUGGGUGAUGUUCCUUGGGGCAUGUUUGUUUCCACAGCUAAGAGAUUGCGUGUGUUGAAGAGUUCUGAGCUUUCUGCAACUUCUCUGGGAGCAGUCAGCAGGAAAAGAACAGCAACCUAGUGUUUAAUUGGAAAGAAGAGGGUCUUUUAUCUUUGGGUUGUGCAUUGAACAUCUGCUGCUUUUUGGUAGGCUUUGGAAGAUGCAUCUGAGUGGAUAUUUUUUUCUUUCCUGCUUUUCCUUGACUUCUCUCCUUAGAGGCAAGCUUAAGCAUUUUCCAGUCAUCUCUUUUCCUCUUUGAUCUUCCGGGUUUGUGAGAACCAAGGAGGAAGGUACUGGUAGGAAUUUGAUAUGUGCAAGGAAAACAUAAAUGCUUGGAGCUAUGAUUGAUCAAGUUAUCUUUAUAUUAUGAUGCUGAAUUUGACUCUGGUUUCCAGUUCACAAUUCGAGCAGAUCUUAUUUGUAAGCUGAGAAAUUCUAAUUAAUGAUUUUGCCGAGCUUUUAACAAAACAA